AUGGAGUUUGAUCACAAUAAAAUUGGACGAGUGGUAAAAGAGGAUAGAUUAAGCAGCUUACCAGAUGAGCUUAUUCAUAAUAUCCUUUCCUGUCUUGACAUGAAAUUUGCUGUUCAAACGUGUUUGUUGUCAUCAAGAUGGAAGCUUCUGUGGACAUCAAUGCCGUGUCUCAACUUCACUAGUUGGCAAUUUACUUCUUUACCAAAGUUUUCCAAAUUUGUGAAUCAUGUUUUGUCUCAUCACAACCAUCAAGUUGAAGUAUCUACUGUAAAGCUACAUUUCACUGGAGCAGCAAGUCAGGUUUUUGUGAGAAAGAUUGUAAAAUAUGCAUUCUCUCACAAAGUCCAACAACUAACUGUUUAUGGUUCGGCCAAAUACCGCCUUACAAAUUACCCUCCUUGCCUAUUCAGCUCUCAUUCCCUUAAACAUUUAACGUUGACUGCCCAGCAUAGGCCUUGCAUUACACCCAAAACGCCUUGGGACUUUCCAGCUUUAACAACUUUGCAUCUCAGUGACAUCAUAUUGUGUGAAGAUGACACUGAAAAGUCUCUUGAUCUUUUCUCCAAGUGUGUAAACUUAGAGAAUCUCACUUUAGAACUUUUCUCUGUCGGGAAUGUGGAAGUGUUUGACAUCAUUACCCCUCGACUUUCUAAUCUCAUGCUUGCCCAUGGCAACAGUUGUUCAGCAGUCAUCAAUCUGAUUGCCCCUCAACUUGAGAAACUCACAGUAAUUAGUUUCUCAUUCAAGUACUUGAAUGCUCCACCAGGACUUUCAUCUUUGUUAUACUGGGGUCGUCCCCCCCUGCAAUUUUGUAAAGAUCGAUUUUACUCUCUAAACGAAGUGACUAUCUGUUUUAAUUCUUUUGGUUCGCGGUAUAAAGAGGAAGACGCACGCAAGACUAUGAACUUGCUUCAAGAGCUCCACACUGCAAGAUAUCUAACACUUAAUGUGGACAUUGUCAAGUGUAUUUCCUCAUUUCCGUAUUUAUUAUCACACCAUCCAUCACCUUUUAGCAACUUAAUCAGCUUGACCAUAGAUUACCACUUGAAUAGGGAUGCAUAUGGAGAAGAAAUAUCUACUGAAGCUAGAAACUUCUUGCUUGAGAACUCUCCAAGUGCCACUUUAAUCAUGAAAUCACCCUGA